AUGUUUCCUAUUUUGCGCUGCAGUAGAUUCACACACGGUUCUGAUCGGUUAUUACGGUGCAAUAUUAGCAAAUCAAAAGACCUGCUGCUCCAGCACAGCCGGUAUGGCAGAUAUGGACAGCAAAGGACAUGUGCUCAGUUCUUACCCAAACACUCCACUACCAGCACAGUCAUCCGAAUGUGGAGUUUGGCUCAGAAAGCACUGAGACUUGCCUCUAAACGUCAUGUUAAGUCUCCUAAAUUGGCCCUGAAGUUUGUGGUUGGACCAGCUGCUUUAACGGUUACAGCAAGACUAUUCGGGAGCGUAGCUUACUGCAACGCUGAUGUUAACAACAACAUUCUGACUCAGCUCCAAACUAAAAAGAAGGACCCUGAGUUUAGCUGGGCUCUUCUCUGGGAGUUUGUGCGACCACAGCUUCUUGCCCUUAUUGGAGCCAUUAUUCUUGCAUUUGGAGCAGCAGCUUUGAACAUUCAGAUUCCUUUGAUGCUGGGUGAUCUGGUGAAUGUUGUUGCUCAAUACAUGAGGGAACAAGCUGGAAAUUACAUGAGAGACAUUCAAGCACCUGCACUCAAGCUACUGAGCCUCUACGGUCUCCAGGGUUUACUAACUAGUGGGUACAUUAUCCUCCUGUCCCGAGUCGGAGAGAGAGUAGCUGCUGACAUGAGGAAAUCACUCUUCACAUCAUUGCUGAGACAAGAUGUUGCGUUCUUCGAUGCCAAUAAGACAGGGCACCUAGUGAAUCGCCUCACUGCUGAUAUUCAAGAGUUCAAAUCUUCCUUCAAGCUGGUUAUUUCUCAGGGUUUACGCAGCGCUACGCAGACAGUCGGCUGCUUUGUAUCGCUCUACGUCAUCUCACCGAAGCUGACGGGUCUCAUGAUGGUGGUGUUGCCAUGUCUGGUCGGUGCUGGAGCUGUAAUCGGCUCCUUUCUGCGCAGACUUUCACGUAAAGCACAGGAGCAGAUUUCUGUAGCUACAGGUGUGGCGGACGAGGCCCUUGGUAAUGUACGAACAGUGAGAGCCUUUGCCAUGGAGGAUAGAGAGCAGGAGAUGUAUGCCAUAGAGGUGGACAAAUCAGCUGCAAUGAAUGAAGCUUUAGGAACGGGAAUUGCAGUUUUCCAAGGUCUUUCCAACAUUGUUUUGAACUGUUUAGUUCUAGGCACAAUUUUUGCUGGUGGAUCCUUGAUGGUCAAUAAUGACAUGACCCCAGGUGACCUCAUGUCAUUUUUGGUUGCCUCUCAGACGGUUCAAAGAUCACUGGCCAGCAUCUCAGUUCUUUUCGGGCAGAUGGUGAGAGGUAUGAGUGCUGGAGCUCGUGUUUUUGAGUACUUGACAUUGGAACCUACCAUUUUACUGACAGGUGGGAAACGUAUCCCGAGCAGCGUUUUAACAGGAAGAGUAGACUUCGUGGACGUCAACUUCAGUUACCCGACGAGGCCUGGCAAUCAGAUCCUGAAGGAUUUUAACCUGGCGCUACCUUCAUGCAAAACUGUGGCUAUCGUUGGAGAAUCGGGUGGAGGUAAAUCUACUGUGGCAGCACUGCUGGAACGUUUCUAUGACCCGUGCAGUGGACUGAUCAUGCUCGAUUGGCAGGACAUCAGGACUCUGGACCCCUCUUGGCUCAGAGGACAUGUGAUUGGAUUCAUUAGUCAGGAGCCAGUCCUGUUUGGCACAUCAGUGAUGGAGAACAUUCGUUUUGGAAAACCAAAUGCCACAGACGCUGAGGUGUUGGCUGCUGCCAAGCAGGCCAAUGCUCACAAUUUCAUCACCAGCUUUCCUGAUGGUUACCACACUGUGGUGGGGGAGCGUGGGGUGACCUUAUCAGGUGGGCAAAAGCAAAGGAUUGCCAUCGCUCGUGCCCUUAUUAAGAACCCUAGUAUACUGAUUCUGGAUGAGGCCACGAGUGCACUGGAUGCUGAGUCUGAGCGAGUGGUGCAGGAGGCCCUGGACCGAGCCACCAAGGGACGCACCGUUCUCAUCAUCGCCCACCGCCUCAGCACCAUCCAGGGUGCCGACCUCAUCUGCGUCAUGAGCAAUGGCAGAGUGGUGGAGACUGGAACUCACCUGCAGUUACUGGGCAAAGGAGGUCUUUAUGCAGAGCUGAUAAACCGCCAACAAUCUAACGGACAGAAAUAAAGAGUCUCUGAAGAGUUGAUUUCUGGGGGUUCAUUCAGUCCUGACUCUGAGCACUUGGUUCAGGAGUCAUUUGAUUCACGUUUAAUAUGGACUUGUUUUUGAUUGUGUUAUGGGUAAACAUGAAUUACACCUCAUGUUUUAAAUGAUUGUAUUUUUAAUUGUCAUGUGUACUGUCUUCAGACUGGAAAUAUUUUAACAAAUUUUUCAUAAGAUUCAAAAGUAAUGUGUUUUGUAUAGCUGUUAAUAGUAUCAAUUGUACAGUAAUAAAAGAGUAUAUAAAAAAGAGGUGAUAAAAAAUAACAGAGGCACAGGGCUUGAUUCCUAGGAGGAGCAGGCAGGGUCCUUUUUGUGUGGGGUUUGCAUGUUCUCUCCAUGUCUGCAUGGGUUUCCUCUGGGAGCUCCAAAGACAUGUAAGUCAGGUAAAUUGGAGAUACAAAAUUGCCAGUGAUGGUGUUUGACACUGAACUUGAGCUGAUAAAUCAUGUCUAACCUGUAAGUACCUGUCCUGUCAUGUAUGUAAUCAGUGUUAAACAUUAUGUUAAAAUCUUAAUAAAUAAACAAAUUGUAUAUUUAAA